GAAUUUUGUGAUUUUACAUGUGAAAAGGAAUAUAAAUCAUUAUAUUCAUAUAUUAUAAUGAUUUGCAUACGUUUUUGUUUACUUAUUAUUCCAGUAUUUUAACGUUUUGUUGAUUGAAUUCCAGGGGACAAGUAUACACACAACUAUAGGUGAAGCUUUUUCUGAAUGGAUUUCGGAUAUUGGUGGUGAAAAUAUCAACAAGCCAAAUAAUGGAGAAACCGAAAUUCAAAUUUCUGACGAUUUGUUGAUAACUGAGCGCAAAGAUCCAAUCAAAACUAUAGUGAAGGAAGUUUAUGGAGAAUCAUUUGCACAGUCCUAUAAUCCUGAUUUUUAUCAAGAGAGGGCUAUUUUAUGUCAUACAAGUGACAUUGUGGAUCAGAUUAAUGAUUACAUGCUUUCACAAUUACCUGGUAAUGAUUCUCUUUCCACCUAUAGCCAUCUUUUGCACAUACUAACUAAGACUUCUUUAUAUCAUAUCAGGUGAAGAGACAGAAGAAUGUUACAGUGCUGACACUAUUUAUCCAUCGUAUGCAAGCCCAAAUGGCGACAUGUUAUACACUCUAGAAUUUUUGAAUAGCAUCAAAGUCCCCGGAUUGCCUGAUUUUAAGUUAAGAUUAAAGGUUGGUGCUCCUGUCAUAUUACUUAGGGACCUUGCUCCUUACGGUGGGUUAUGUAAGGGGACACGACUUCAAAUUACUCGGGUGGAGACUUUUGUGCUUGAGGCUAUGAUUAUAACAGGUAAUCAGCAUGGUGAGAAAGUCUUGAUCCCUAGGAUUCCUUCACACCCAGUCUUGAUCCCUAGGAUUCCUUCACACCCUACAGAAGCAAAUUUUCCUAUCAAAAUGCGGCGUAGGCAGUUUCCUUUGAAGCUUGCAUUUGCAAUGACUAUAGAUGAAAGUCAAGGCCAAACACUUUCCAAAGUUGAUAUAUAUUUACCAAGACGAGUGUUCUCUCAUGGACAGAUGUAUGUUGCAAUAUCCAAAGUGAAGUCCAGAGCUGGUUUGAAAGUUCUUAUCACAGGUAAAGAUGGGAAACCUCAGGAAGAAGUGGAAACUGUUGUGUUCAAGGAGUUGUCUCAGAACAUUUAUCAGAACAAUUUAGUCAACAUGUGUUAGACUGU